AUGCAUUUCCUGCCCACUUCCCAGCGGGAGAGAGAAAGACAGAGAGCUCCAAGAGCAGAUGCCGUGAUCUGACCGAAGAACCAGCAAGAGUUUGAAGUUUCCGCCUUCUUCCACAUCCUCGUUCAGGUAGCCACCGAUCUUGUCUGCCAGAAGCGGGAGAAGAAGUUCGAGGCAAGAAUAGCAUCAUGAAGAAGCCGGCCGUCGUAUGUUUGCUGGCCAUCACCCUCCUGGUGGUGGCCGUGCUGCUCGUUCAGGGGAGAGACGAUCCCCAGGGCAUCCGCGAAGGAGAGGAGGCCAAACGUGGGCUCCGUGGUGGAGGUGGUGGUGGAUGCAACGGUCCCCAUUGCGGAGGAGGGUGGUGCCAUUCUGACUGGGACUGCCGUUGGCGUGGUCAGAAGUGCUGCCGCCAUAGAUGUGUUGAGUGCUGCUGGGACUGGCAUUGUGGCCACCGGAGGGUCUGCCACCGCAAUCAAUGUGUUCGUGGCCCCAUCGUGGUCCCGGUGGGGCCCCCACACCACCCCUAGAUAUUUCCAGUAAAUUCCUGUGACGGAGCUGGAUCUGGAGCAAGUAAAAAAAAAACGCCUCGAGAAACUACGCCGAAAGAAGCUGCUAUUCACCCUCAAUCGAUCUGCGGGACCACAUUUAUAGCUUGCAAACUUUCACGAGUAUGGUGCCUGCGCUUCAGUCGUGCCGCAACUGCCGUGACUGUGUGCUUCUUGUCUUGUUUAUAUAUUCGUUUUGUUUGGAAGGGGGGGGGGGUAAUUAAGUGCGAGUAAGAGUAAUGUUGGUCAUUGAUUUCCUCAUAUACGAUCAACAGGUUCGACUGUAGAUUAGUUCCUUUUCACUCACACGUUGCAUUCGCCAAAAAAGACUCGAUACCAGAAAAAAAAAAUAAAAAAAAUAAAAAUAAAAAAAUGUAUAUCUACUCCCUCGUACCAUGCAUGACGUACCGCACGGCACGCUCCGUUCCCUCUCAGGCUCUCAAUAGUUGUAUCAUGCGAAGCAAGACUACCCCUACCGGCAGUGCACCCCGCAUAAGCAUUGUAUCAUUUGCAUUUAGUUGCGAUUCCAACAGGACGCAGGAACACGACGGGGCUAGAUCGUCGAAAACGAUGAGAAACACCGAUUCCGCGUAUGCGACGGACUGAUACGGUAGUUCUUCACGACCUUAUUGUGUCUGUCCAGAUGUGGUAAUCGGACGAAUCACCUCUCAGACUGUGUCACUUUCAGGAUCAAGGAGGAGAGCUAUCAUUGUCAUUAAUGUUUUCGCCGCACAGGCCAAGCACUUGUAAAAAUUUACUACGAAAACCUCCAUUUGCGUCCUGACGCCCAUAAUUCUGGACCGUC